AUGAAUAUCGUUCACAACCUCACUGUUUUCCAGCAAAAUCAUAAGGAAAUUGCUAUCAAUGAAGAGGAAAAAUCACCAGAUGACUCUCCUGAAACCGAAGAACAUCCCUAUCACUCACUUAGCAGUUCGGUAGCAACCCUUCGUAGAUUUGGUACUGUGUCAAGCUUAGAAAGAGUGGCUUCGGAUGAACGGGAUGAUAUGAUGUGCCAGAACAAUAUAUCUGAUAGUGAAGAAGAAAAUGGUCUAGACGAAGAAUAUGAAGAUGGUGAUUUGGAGGAGGAAGAAGAGCGAGGAAUCGAUAACGAAGCAUUCAAUCAUUCGUCAAUCAAACACUGGACCGUUAGAGCUGGUUGUUUUGUAGCACAAAAGAUGGCUUUCUUCGAGAAAUUUGGAGAAGAUUACAGAAGUGGGGGAUUAAUUGACAGAUAUCUGAGGUCGCCAGAAAAUCCUGUGAAUGGAGAUGAUCAACAGGAAGAAGAAACAUCAGGAGCUACUUCUGGAGAAGAAAUUUGGGGAACACCAACUAGUGGUGGGGAAAUGGAUGAUAACCUCAACUCUCCAAGUUACGAAGGAAAACAAUCGCCUAAUGAUGGAUCCAUAUCUUCUGACUACGGUGAUGAUACAGAAAUAAUGAUGGAUGAACUCCUGAUGACUCCACCCAUCAGCGGCGCCAUAAUGAGAGGUUUACUACCCAGAAGAACUUUGGAACCACUCAUUGAAGAGGAAUGUUCAGAGUCUUCUUCGACAUCUUCCAUCGACUCAACUACGGAUCCAUCUGUUUCUCCUGAACAGGGCAACGAAACUGGAAAUGCUGCUGACACAUGUUCGGUUGCUGUCGGAAGCCCCAUGGAGCAAACAGAUCCCAACGAGAUCAACGAAAGGGAGGAUCACAAAUUGCCUACUCCACCACCAGCUGUUAUUUUGACUCCGACGGAAGUAGCGCCGAAAAUCCACCGAUCAGAAAGCUAUCGCCAUAUUAUCGAGGCUGCAGAAAACGAAGGAAACGAAGAACAAAACACAUUUUUCUUCAGUCGAUUCAGGCCAACAGCCAAGUAUGUAAAUAUUGAGAGGGUGCCAAGGUUUAAAAGUAUCAAAAUGUAA